AUGAAUGCUUCUGGUGAGGACAGGUCGAAUUCAGACUUUUGUAGAGUAUGCCGGUGUGAGGGGACUGCUACCAAACCUCUGUUCCAUCCUUGUUUGUGCACUGGUAGUAUAAAAUAUAUUCAUCAGGAUUGUCUUGUUCGUUGGCUUGAAUAUAGUAAAAGAAAUACCUGUGAGUUAUGCAAUCAUCAGUUCACAUUUACGCGAAUUUAUGCCUCCGGAACACCGCGGUUUUUACCACCAACUGUUUUAAUUUGUGGAUUGGCCAAUAGCUUGCGUAGAUUUUUACUAAAUUGGAUUCAUCUGUCAAUUGUUUUCACUGCUUGGCUAGUUGUGGUUCCUUUAUCUGCAUGUCGUAUGUAUCGAUGCCUUUUUACAGGCAGUGUUUUCUCGCUGUUGACGCUCCCAUUAGAUAUGGUUUCUACAAAACACUUACUUCAAGACUGUAUUCAGGGUUUCAUAAUCGUGAUUUUCGCUCUGGCUGCAUUUUUGGGUUAUGUCUCAUUAAGAGAACAACUUCUUCAGGGAGCACCAGCCUGGUUGGAACGUGAUGCUCAUGCAGAAGCGCGCGCUGCUAAUGCUCCUGCAGGUCACGCUGGACAACCUUUCUUUCCGGAUCUCUUCAAUAUUUUUGGCGUAGCAAAUGGUGGCUUAGGAGCUGCAGUUUUUGGUGAAGGAAAUGAAGAUCCUGCUGAACCUCAGGUCUUCAACAAUGAUAUACAACGUGACCGGACGCUACAACAAGAUGAUAUUGUAAAUGCUGAUCCCACUCCAAGUUCAUCUUCCAGUCUAAUCUCCUCUGUUAUGAAUCAAGAAGCACCAGUUGUUGAUGUAUCGGAGUCAUCAACAACAAUAUCCGGAGUAACAGACACUGUCAAUCGUAGAUCAACAUCAACUUCACAACAGUUAGCCUGGUAUGCUGAGGAUCCAGGUAUUAACUUGGGUGGAGACAUUCCAGAUGAAGAAGCUAGAGUGAAUGAUGCAGAAGAUGCCGAUGGUGUAGCAGAAGCAAUGAAUUGGAAACAUUUAUUAGGUUUAGACGGAUCUUUGAAUUUUCUGGAGCAUGUUUUAUGGCUUAUUGCUCUAAACACACUCUUUAUAGUCAUAUUUGCAUUCUGUCCAUAUCAUAUGGGUCAAUUUACUGUCUUGGGCUUCAAUUUGGACCGUUUCAUAAGUGCUACUCACAUGGAAGGCUUCAGUACUAGUUUGAUCGGUUACAUAAUUUUCGCUUGUGCUCUGGUUCUUAUGCACGAAGUGUUUUCCAUCCUCAAUAUGCCCAGGGCUUGUUAUUGGACCGGUCUUGGCUAUGUUUACAUCAAAGUAGCCCUGGUCUCUUUAAUGGAGUUGGGGAUCUUUCCGGUUCUUUCUGGAUUUUGGAUAGAUGCCUGUACUUUAUCUCUUUUCAAUGCAACUGUAACUCAACGAACAAAUGUAUUUCAUUAUGCUCCAGUAGUCUUUACUUUUAUCCAUUGGGCAGUUGGUAUGCUGUAUAUAUUUUAUAUGGCAUCAUUGCUUGUACUCGGUCGAAGCGUACUACGUCCUGGAGUACUACGCUUUAUAUAUCACUUUAAUGAUCCUGAUUACAAGCCUAUUCAGGAUAUGAUUUUUCAACCUUUGCCAGUAUACGUACAGCGUCUAAUUGCGACUUAUUCGGUAUGGGGCAUUUUGAUUGUGCUUAUGUUGUGGAUACCUACAGAAGUGAUUCGACAUUUCAUCCCGAAAUUUUUGCCUUUUCGUAUAAAUGCAGCCUAUGACAGUCCAUGGGAUUAUUCAUUGGAAAUGAUUCUUCUGCAAGUUGUACUUCCAUUCUUAUUAGACGUUCAAGCGAAAGCCAGUCUCCGUCAGUUAUUACGUUGGUGGUGUGUAAGCGUAGCCUGGUUAUUGGGUUUGCGUAGCUACCUAUUGGGAGAUGAGCCUUUUUCAUCUGGGGAUUUUAUUGUAACUGAAAAUGGCAGAGAAGUACCUUUCAAACCUGGACAAUAUCCACGGAAUGAGGCACAGACGUCAAGUAAUCAUGCCAACGAAGAAUUGAAUCCUGUACAUUCAUCGCAAACAUCAAAUAACGAAGCUCAUAAUCUUCAAGCAGAAUUAUAUAGUGUAGUUUCAUCAUGCAAUGAAGGAAAUUCAUCUGCUAGUAAUCCCUCCCAUGAACAUGUACAACCUGAAGUCGAUGCGCAAGAUGAUGGUUACACAGACGAGGAAGAUUUUACACGUUAUGUACCCUACAAAAAAACCAGUUGCCUGAAACUGCGAAUUUUCGGCCUAAUCAUUUUAUUGCUCAGUAGUCUGAUGUCCUUAAGUCUAGCCUUACUGAUUGUACCUGUCGGCGUUGGACGAUUCCUGUUGAAUUUCAGAGGAAAAGAUUCUACAUCAAAGCAUGAUGCGAUUGCUUUAGUUGGUGGCUUUACUGUUCUGGGAAUGAUACUUCGCUUAGCUCCUUGCAUACCUAUCGCUUUCACCGGGUUAUGGCGUAUCAUUACUUUACUUGGACAAUGUAGUAAUCUUAUAUCCUGGUCAAGGCCAUUGCGUGUAUUUAGGAUUUGGACUCGUUUGGGUACGACUUGUGAAAUUACCAUACGAAGACCUGCACUACCAAUGGCUCCUAUGGCUGAUCUUAAUCGGCGUUGUGGAUUUAGAUUUUUCACCGAUACAAAUAUCGGAACAUGUGCCCAAAAUUGUUUUCGCGCUUCAUUGAAUUGGUUACGGCUCUCACUUGUAGCAUCUGUACUACUUGGCAUCCUGCCAAUAGCCUUAGGACUAUUGGUUAACUUUAUUUUCAUUGUGCCGUUCCGCGUUGGAGCCAGAAAAUCUAUUGUAAUUGGAUUCUGGGAGCAUUGGAUAUUCGGUAUGAUGCUCUUGAAAGUGUCUAUUUUGCUUAUUCUAAUUGGACCUCCUUGGUGGUUGCGCAAUCGUUUAGAGAUCUUCCACGAUGAAAUCUUACAUCAUCGACAAGAUGUUCGUGCUACUCGUCUACUUUGGGCAAUUGCACCAUUGCUCGUAGCUAUUGGAUUAUCUUUAAGUGUACCUUAUUUGCUAGCGCAUUAUAUUAGUCCACUAUUUGCAUUAGAUAGAAAAGUCGCCUUACGCUAUGUGUAUCCAUCUCUUUUCGUCUUGGCUGUGCUUAUUUUCUUAUGUGCUUUGUGCAUCGACCAGAUACGACGUCUCUACAUACAUAUUAAAGAUGAAAAAUAUUUAGUUGGGAGACAACUAGUGAAUUUUCGUCCACCAUCACCAAGUCAGUCUUUGGUCCCAGCAUCGUCAAUUAGAAGUGAUUGA